GAGGCGCUGCGACUUGGACCGGGUCGGAGGAAGUGUCCGGCCGAAUCCGGAAGCAAAGCGGGGUCGUCUCAGGUAGCAUCUCUCUCUCUCUCGCUUCCUGGAGGCUGGAGCUGAACAGACGAAGGAGGAAGAAGAAGAAGAAGAAGAAGAAGACGACGAAGAAGAGAGGGAAUGAGCGUGUACGGAGGAGAUAGCUGGGCGAGGGAAGCCCAGCACCGGAAGAGACGGGCCGACGGUCUGGCGGUGGAAGGUCUCGACGCCACCUCCUACAAGAGGCUCUCCUCCGGCAAGUUCGCUUGCCUCGUCUGCCCUCGCGCCCCCGUCCUCGAUUCCGCUCUCAUGCUCUCCAUGCAUUGCAAGGGGUCACGCCACCGUGUUGCAUUGUCAAGAUUGAAGGAGAGAGAAUUGGAAAAGAAGGAUGAGAUCAACAAGAGAAUAGCCUUGUCUGAUUGUGCUGUAAACGCAGGCACUAGUACUUCUACUUCAAACAGAAUAAAAAGUAAGCCCUUGAUUGAGCAAACAAGGAAGACCGCUUUGGAAGUAAUUGACAAGGCAAACACUAGACAAGACGUCCAUAACGAAGGCCAUAAUGCAAAAAUAUGUGGGAUUCUCCAUGGUAAUGAAACUUCACAUGUAAGUGAAAGCUUCUCUUUCGCUGCAAAAGAAGCAGCUGAAGAGGUGAUUGUACAGCCACAAGUUAGUAUCAGAGAGCGUCGUGAAAGAGAGCUCAAGUUUACUUCUGCUGGUUGGAAGCGUGAUGGCAAUGGCAGAUGGUUCAAGGAUGAAAAUGUUGAAUUUGACUCGGAUGAAGAAGAUCCAAAUAUAUGUCUUGCAUAACACAUAAGAUCACAACGAUAUUUUUGAGCAAUUGAUGCCAGAGAACAAUAAAGACUAAUGAGAGGAAUUCAUGUAAAAGUUUGAUGACUUGACUUGCCAAGCUGAUGUCCCAUAAUACCAAUCAGAUGUUACUACAAA